AUGGAGAUAGCCUUGGUGAGUUUUGAGAACGGCGGCGCUAAAGGGAGCGGCGGCGGUGGAGGAGGCAGCAAUGCCGAGGAGAGCUGCCGGAACGCGCUGGACGUGCCUCAGUCGGGUUUCGUUCAAAGUGGACUGGGAGAGGACUACGGUAAGGAGCUGAACACCCGUGGGAGUCCUCACCAUCAUCAUCACCAUCAGCAGAAUCUUCACCAGAGCGCGUGGAAAAUCAACGACAUGAACAACACUUUCAGCUGCAGCGAGAACGCCAUGGAUGCGCUUUUACGCGCGGACCACAGUCCGCAUCUGUUCGAUGAGGACCUGCUGGACAUGGACAUGGACGCGGAAAGCAACGAGAGGGUGCUUAUAAACAUAGCAGGGCUCAGAUACGAGACCCAGCUGGGCACACUUAACCAGUUCCCGGACACUUUACUGGGAGACCCUGCCAAGAGGAUAAAAUACUUCGAUCCACUUCGGAACGAGUACUUUUUCGACCGGAACCGGCCGAGUUUUGACGGGAUUUUGUAUUUUUAUCAGUCUGGAGGGAAGAUCAGGAGACCAGUUAAUGUGUCCAUAGAUGUGUUCGCGGAUGAGAUUAGGUUUUACCAGCUGGGGGAGGAGGCCAUGGAGAGGUUCAGGGAGGAUGAAGGCUUUAUAAAAGAGGAGGAGAAGCCUCUGCCCCAGAAUGAGUUCCAGAAGCAGGUUUGGCUCAUUUUCGAGUACCCGGAGAGCUCUAGUCCGGCUCGGGGCAUCGCCAUCGUGUCCGUGAUCGUCAUCACUAUAUCCAUCAUCACUUUCUGCCUGGAGACUUUACCAGAGUUCAGGGACGAGAGGGAGCUCCCCGUGACCAGCCGGCUGGACAACAGCACCGCGCCACGGCCGUCCCUCACCUUCACAGACCCCUUCUUCAUCAUCGAGACCACGUGCGUCAUCUGGUUCACUUUCGAGCUGUUCGUGCGCUUCUUCGCGUGCCCCAGCAAGUCCGAGUUCUCCAAGACUAUCAUGAACAUCAUCGACAUCAUGUCCAUCAUGCCUUACUUCAUCACAGUGGGCACGGAGCUGGCGGAGCAGCAGGGCCAGGAGCACCAGAACGGACAGCAGGCCAUGAGCCUGGCCAUCCUCAGAGUCAUCCGUCUGGUCCGGGUGUUCCGGAUCUUUAAGCUCUCCAGACACUCUAAAGGUCUGCAGAUCCUGGGUCAGACUUUAAAGGCCAGCAUGAGAGAGCUCGGCCUGCUCAUCUUCUUCCUCUUCAUCGGAGUCAUCCUCUUCUCCAGCGCUGUCUACUUCGCAGAAGCUGACGAGCCGGAGUCGCACUUCAGCAGCAUCCCGGACGCGUUCUGGUGGGCCGUGGUAACCAUGACAACCGUAGGGUACGGAGACAUGAGGCCGGUGACGGUCGGGGGGAAGAUAGUGGGCUCUCUGUGCGCCAUCGCCGGCGUGCUCACCAUCGCGCUGCCUGUCCCCGUCAUCGUGUCAAACUUUAACUACUUCUACCACCGAGAGACAGACCAGGACCAGUCCUCUCUGAAGGACGAGCCCAACAACGGCCGAGACAGCGCCGAACUGAAGCGCAAAGGGAGUAAAUCCUCCGUGAAAUCGCAGGACGUGGAGAACAACGACGCGUCCGGCGCGUCCGUGGAGAAGGCGAACAUUAAAGCGAACAGCAGCAUGGACUUUAAGAGAUCCCUUUACGCUUUCUGCCUGGACACGCGGGAGACAGACCUGUAG